AGUUUGCUUUUUUUCGGGGGCAUUUGAGGGGACUCUCGCCCAGAGUGUCAUUCAAGCCAGAACCGCCACUUGGCGUCAGAAGUCUCGUUGUCACUAAUUCUUAACCAGUGGUCUAUUCACCAUAAAUGGUAAGAACAUUUAUAAACAAUAUUAUUUGAAGUAUACAGUAACUGAUCAGUCUGAACUUCAUUGCCACGCCUCAAGGAGGGACGUACUUCUACUUCUCUUCCUCUGUCCGUCUGGAUUCAGUGCCAGAGGCAGAGUGGAGGAGCACCCAGCUCUGGCAGGAGAACCAAAGAAAAUCUUUUCACAGCAUCUGGACGCACGGGAUCACGCUUCAACAUCCAAGUUCGCGAUUAGGUUUUUCUUAUGACGUUUGCAGCUAUAAGGAGACAUAUGUGUGUCGUGCCAGUGGCAUUCCCUCCUCUCCAUGUCAAGGGAAGAAAGUAUGAGCUGGUGAUCUAGUGAACAUGAGCGCGUAAAACCUCUUCUCUUCGGUUUCCUCGCAUCCUCCUUUUACAAUGGUCAUCUUUCUAUACACAGCUCUGCUUUUUGGCUUCAAACAGUCGCUCAGCGCUGAGCUGAAAUCCUCAUGUCCGACACGGUGUGAUGUGAGCAACUGUCCGAGCCCUAGCUGCCCCAGCGGAUACGUGCCCGACCGCUGCAACUGCUGCCUGGUGUGCGCGCAGGGGGAAGGAGAUCCGUGCGGCCACGAGGACGAUCUGCCGUGUGGGGACGGACUGGAGUGCAAACGAAAAAGACUCUCCAAGGGAUUCUGUCAGUGCACGUUAAGCCAUGAAGUCUGCGGCAGCGACGGGAAAACGUACAUUAACGUGUGUCACCUGAAGGCGAGCAGCAGGAGGGCGCUGCAGCAGGGUCUCCUCGGCAUCACACAGAUCCAGCAGGGACCAUGUGACGUCAGCAUAGGUCCUCCACAUGCUGCAAGUCCCCGCUACAAGUUCAACUUCAUCGCCGACGUAGUGGAGAAAAUCGCUCCUGCUGUGGUCCUCAUUGAACUCUUCCUCAGGCAUCCUCUUUUUGGUCGGACCAUCCCUUUGUCUAGUGGAUCGGGGUUUGUGAUAUCAGAGAAUGGACUGAUUGUUACCAAUGCCCAUGUAGUCUCCAGCACAACUCCAGUGUCCGGUCAACAGCAUCUCAAGGUACAAAUGCAUAACGGUGACAUGUAUGAGGCCAACAUCAAAGACAUAGACAAAAAAUCUGACAUAGCCACCAUCAAAAUCAACUCACAGACAAAGCUGCCUGUGCUGUUUCUGGGCCACAGUGCAGACUUACGGCCAGGAGAGUUUGUGGUUGCAAUCGGCAGCCCCUUUGCCCUCCAGAACACUGUCACCACUGGCAUCGUCAGCACUGCCCAGAGAGACGGCAAGGAGUUGGGCCUGCCGGACUCUGACAUGGACUACAUCCAAACAGAUGCUAUCAUCAAUUACGGGAAUUCAGGAGGACCUCUAGUCAAUUUAGAUGGGGAAGUGAUCGGCAUCAACACCCUAAAAGUCGCAGCCGGAAUCUCCUUUGCUAUUCCAUCGGACAGGAUCACUCGCUUCCUUAAUGAUUCCCUUGACAAGCACAACAAGGAUGUGAGUUCAAUAAAGAAGCGUUUCAUUGGGAUAAGGAUGCUGACCAUCACACCAGCGUUAAUGGAAGAGCUUAAGCAGCAGAACUCAGAUUUCCCGAAUGUAACCAGUGGGAUUUAUGUCCAUGAGGUCAUUCCUCACUCGCCUGCACAGAAGGGUGGCAUCAAAGAUGGUGACAUUAUUGUAAAACUGAAUGGCAAACCUCUGAUGACAACAGCUGACCUGCAGGGGGCGCUGCAGGAGGAGACAGCCCUGCUACUGGAAGUCAGGAGGGACAACGACGACUUGCUCUUUAACAUUGAGCCUGACAUUAUCAUGCAGUAGUCAAUGCCACACACAUUAUUGGUGGAAGUUGUUUUUAUAUGAAAUGCACACAUCUGACUGUAUAUUGUACCAAAGUAACGGGAGGACAGUUUGACUUAAGGACGAAAUGGUACAAUCUAGUUUUGAGAUUUACAACUGUACCUCUUGCCUGUCCAGCCAGGUCAACCCUGAUGAAAUACCCUGCUGAGUCAGGGUUAAAGGGAUAGUUCAGUUGUUUGUGUUGUUGUGUGAGGUACCCAGUGCGAAAUGAUUUUAGCCAUUGAAGAAAAAACUCUCCUAAUAAAUUCUAAACUUGAUUCACACACUGGAUGUGUGAAUGUGUGAACCAACAUUUUGCAGUGUGUGUGCGUGUCUGCUGCAUUUCUCUCUCACUCUGUGUCUCCCCACACCACCAGUGUGAUUAUGAAUUCACUAUCUGAUUUAUUUCUGAUAGAUAAUGUUGUGAUAAUGUUUUUGUUGACUCAGAUGGAGAGAGAGAGAGAAUCUGCACAGAUACUAAAAUAGUGUUUUUUCAUGCACUAAAACUUCAAUAAGGUGUCAAUUUUAUGUAAUCAUGCUGGUAGAAUAUCAAUGUUAUCAUCAAUUGUUCUUCUCUUUGUUCAGUUUUUGCUGGAUACCACAUGCGUCACAUGUAAAAAUAGGACGUAAGCGUAGAUGCGCCUGAAACAUGUGUCUCCUGUGUGCAGUGUAAACACACAUAUCUGUGCACAUGUGCACCAAAAUGAACAUGAUGGAACCUAGCAGCAGGGCCAGGGUUAGGCUUGGUUAACGUGUCCUUGUAAACCGAUCCUGAGUCUACAAUAACUUCAGAAUAAGUUAAUGGAUUUAUGUCACUGUUAGACAGCUUUUCUCAAGGACGUUUGAGCUGCAUUGUAAACUGCUUACUCUUCCACAAUAAGACCAAAGUCAAAAUCACUCAUUUCACAUCACAGCACAUAGGAGUUGUUGAAUCAUUAAGUUAAGAUGUGGCUUUUUAUGACUUUGGUCUUUGGACCUAAUGUUAGGGAAAUGGACAUGGAAACUUCAACAGACAGAUAUUAAUGGGUGAACCUUGUGUUAAGUGGAUUAAAUCAGUUUUUCUUUGUGGCUUUGCUGACACACAUUUUAUCAUUGAAAGUAGGCCUCUGUCUCAGGCUGGUUCUCAGCAUGGGGGUGCAGUCAGUGCUACCUCUGUGUUAGUAUAUCACCAUACUUCAGAAAACCUGAAAUAUCCCUUUAACCUCUUAUUUUUUGUCAAGCCUAACUCUAAACUGUCCCAACUGGGCCUCACGAGCAUUGGUCUGACAACCAUAUGCUUACUGGUUACUUUCUCCACUAAACCUGCCUCUAGUAGGGGACUCUGUCAAAAUAAAGUAGCUUGUCUCCCAGUUUAUCACUCUGCAGGGACUUGUAAUGACAUGAACACUAUUAUAGUAAUGGUAAUAUUUAGGAAUGAGGAUUUUGUUGAGUAGUCUUAAUCUGUAAAAUUAAGUGAGUCAUCUUGGGACAUGCCAAACCUCAUUUAUUGGUAUCAGUUCAGUAGAGUCUUAUUAAUAUAUCUGACUUAUACAUGAACAUACAAACAACUUUCUUUUCAUGCUACCAAUGGUUUUAUGUAAUAAUUGAUAUUGAAAAGUCAUAGAAUGGGAUGAUUUCCAAAAUGCUCUCAAACACCUUCCUUCAUUAUCCUAUUGUUACUUGCAUGGCCCAGGCAGAGCUGGUAACCAAAUUAGUUGUUACAUUCACUAAUUUCUUUUACCACUUUAACCUCUACAUCUAGGGUUGUGGUGGCUGAAACCAAACCAAGCUAACAUAGGGCUGAGGUCACCAGUCCAUGGGCAACUCUCUCACAUUUAAUUGGAAACUUUGAGUUUACCUAAUCAAUGAAGAUAAUCCCCAAACUGCAUGUUUUUGGGACUGUGUCAGAAUACCCGGAAAAAAAACCCAUUGGGAGAGCAUGCACAUCCCCCAGACACUGUCUGGGGGAUUUGAACUGGUGACCUUCCUGAUGUGAGGAAACAAUGCUAACUACUGUACCACCAUGUGACCCUUGUUAUAUUCAGGAAAAAUAAAUACCACCAAACCCUCGCCCUUUCCCAGCUCUUGCAGUGAAUGAUAACAAACACGAAAAGAUGUGGGCUGACAUGAACUCCAGUUGGAGCGCCUCAUCACCCCCCGACUCCCCAGCCGGUUCGGGUUUAAAAAAACAACUUUGUGCUCCAGAUGUGCCUGCCAUCCACGCUACCUUAUCACUGUAGAGCCCCAAAAGGGAGAAGUUUGAAAAUGCUGCUGGCCACGUUUUGUUUGAAAACUCCGGGGAUUUGCAUUUCAGUCUGGAUGAGCAGAAACAGAAAACUUUGUAAACCAUGACACAUGAUCUUAUCAAGCUGUAUGAAAAACAUUUUGUAGCCUAAGGGGCAGUCCACAUGAAGAGAAGUCUGGGUGAAUCCGCUGAAGUUUUUUUUUUUUUUAAUCAUAGCAAGUUUUUAUCCACAUGGAAACUGGGAACCUUAAACUGUUAUAUUUUGAAAACAGGUCCCAGAGUUUGAAAAUCUUAAAACCCAACCCUUGUGUCUUCAUGUAGACUGUCAAUACGCUACUUUGAGAAAACAAAGAUGUCCUCUUCCUGUGUUUGGAGAUUGUUUGGUCUGUUCGAUUUAUGAUAACUUUUAUUUUCUUUCCUUAGUCACCUUGGCUUUCAUCACUCUGUCUCUGUUUCUGUUUGGGGGGUGGAUGAAGACAUUGCUUCAUAUAAAUGAUGUUGUGUUCACAGAAAACCUUUUAAAAAUGACAAAGAGAAGUAUUGUUUACGUUUCUGUGUGGAUAGGGCCUAAAUCUGGGCUCCGAGAUGACAUUUCCCCUAAUGUAUGUGCUUUCCUCAAUUUAGAGCAGUGGUCGACUCAUGAUGGGUCACUAGUUACAUAUGAUAGUUUUUGUAUUAUAUUCUAAUUAUUUGUGUCAGAUAAAAAGAGAAUCAUGAUGCAUCCGUUUUUGUUCAAUUGCAAAGUUCUUGACGAUAAAAGUUCCAUGUGUAAGAGCUGUUUGAGAUACUGUCUUUGCAUUGGCCCUGUAGCGUGGCUCAUGGUUCAUGUGGGUCCUGAAUGCAGAAGCAAACGUGAACUGUGUGUGUUGAAUAAGAAGCACGACAUGUUUUCAUAGAGUUGCCAAGGCACUCUGGUGCAGGAGUGCUGCUCAGCUCUUUGGACUGUAGCAUCAUCACUGUUGCUGCUGAGUUGAUUCCUCACAAAACCAAAUAUAAAUUGCCAGCGAAGCAACACUCCACAACCCAUUUGGAAUUAACUCUGUUUACUUAAUAAAGUUUCCACAAAUUCUUA